AUAUAAUAUUAUGAAUUUCUUUUGUUAUUUUUUUUAAAUAAUCAUUAAAUUUAAACUUAUUUGAUGUUUAAUUUAUAAGAAGUAUUUUAAUGAAAAAAAAUUCAACAUGAAGUGUGUUAUACCAGGAGCAAAUGUAAAAAUUUUAGCAAAAGCUAUACAUGCAUUAUCAAAAAUUGGAGAAGAAAUGUACAUAGAACCACAAGAAAAUGUUUUAUCAUUCCGUACUGUUAAUAUGGCAAAUUCUGCAUAUGCAGAUUUUACAUUUUUUCAAUGUUAUUUUUCAUAUUAUGUUUAUGGCGAUUUACAAGAAAAUGAUGCAUUGAAAUGUAAAAUUUCAAUGAGGAGUGCAAUGACUGUAUUUAAAGCUUCAAAUGUAAUUGAUAAACAGGUAGAAACAUGUCAUAUUAGAUUAGAACCAAAUGCAUCUGAAAUUUUGUUUAUUUUAAAGUAUAAAAAUAGUAUUACUAAAACUCAUUUAUUGCCCAUAUUGGACUGUGAAAUAUUACAAACUAUAUAUAAUAAAGACUGUGCUUCAAUUAAGCUUUCAUCUCAACCACGAGUAUUAGGGGAUGCAAUACAAAAUUUUCAUCAACAUUUAAUUGAAAUAACACUUGAAGUUUCAACACAAAAACUUUUAUUAAGAAAUUAUGUUGAUGAUAGCUCGGGUUUAUCAAAUACAACACGUACACAAGUUGCACUUGGAAAGGGAGAAUUUGAUCAAUAUGAUAUUGGUAGUGAAACAUCAAUUACCUUUUGUAUGAAGGAAUUUAAAUCUAUUUUAACUUUUGCAGAAAUUGCAAAUAUACCAAUUACUAUAUAUUUUGAAGGAGCAGGAAGACCUGUUAUAUUUGUAUUAAAAAAUCAAUCAUUUGAAGUAAAUUUAGUAUUGUCUACAUUAAAUUCUGAUGCAGAUAGUCAAACAGAAACAACAAUUAAUAAACAAGAAGAAAAAUUUAUGAGAAAAAGAACAAUAAACAAACGAGUUUCUAAGAAAAAUAAUAAUAAAUCUAAUAGAAUUAAAAAUAAAUCAAUUAAAUCUGAUAAUAUGUUAGGAAAUAUUACUCUCAAAAAAUCACAUUCAUGUUUUAUGGAGGAAGAAAAAGAACAAAAUAAUUCUAAAGAGCAACCAGAAACAACAACAAAAGAUAAUCAAAAUAUAAAUAAAGUAAAUACUUUGCCAAUAGAACAAAAUAUUCAAGAAAAGAAUUCUUCAUAUAGUUGUGACAUAAUUACAAAAUUUAAUAAAACAUCUAUAAGUGAAAAGAAGUUGAUAAAUUCUGAGUUUAUAAUAACAAAAAGAAAAUCUAGAAAUGAUGAAAUUGAUAAGCAAGACAAUCUACAUCAUGAUAAUAUUGCAGUAGAAAAUGAAAUACCAAAUUCGCCUCCUCCACCAACCAAAAAGGCUCGUUUGAUUCUUAAAAAAUGUUUUCAAACAACAUUUGAUCCAAGAACAUUACCUGGAUAUGAUAUAGUUUUAGCCAAAGAUUCAGAUGAAGAUUGUAGCGAAUAAAAAGAUAUAUUUGAAUUUUAAUCAUUAGUUUUGCCCUAAUUAAUAUAAAUUUUAAUUUAUGUUAUUAUGUAUUUAUAAAUAUAUCUUGCAGAUAAACAUAUACAAUAUAUAAAUACAUGUAAAUGUGUGUGCGCGCGUGCGUGUGUGUUAAAUAUAAAAAAUAGAAAUACAUGUAAAAAUGAAUAAUAUAAAUAUAAUAAUUAUUUUAAUAUUUUAAUACUUAAUAUUUUAAUAAAUAUAAAAUUUUUAUUUUUAUAAAGAAA